AUGGAUUUUGGCUUGUCUAGCUUGGAUGGUUUUUUGGGCUCUGGAAGCAACAUAGCUGCGUCACGAGCCUCAUCCAUGGCGGCCAAUAACCACAAGUUAUUCAAUUUCCCUUCGUCGCCUGCCCCACAAGCUUCAUUUCCAAGCAAAGUUUAUGGCUUUCAACCUUCGCCGUCUGCUUAUGAUCAAGCUUCCAGUGGUGCAGGAGGACCAUUCACUGCAUCUCAAUGGAUGGAAUUAGAAUACCAGGUCUUGAUCUUCAAGUACCUCUCUGCUAGUGUUCCUGUGCCCCCCGAGCUGCUCACACCGCUUAUUAAGAAGCCGUUGUGUCUGUAUUCCUGUGGCUCCUCUGGUGGAUUCUACCGUCCUGAUUUACUUGGUCGUAUAGGUUACAGGGGCAGCCCCGUCGAUUCUGAGCCUGGAAGGUGUCGUAGAACCGACGGGAAGAAAUGGCGGUGCUCAAGGGAUGUUGUUGGUGACCAGAAGUACUGUGAAAGGCACAUGAAUAGGGGCAGAUAUCGCAAUAGAAAGCCCGUGGAUGGCCAAACGUCUGUGCCUGCCACCGCCCAGCAGACCGCCAAUUCAAAUGGGUUGCCGGUGGUUGGUUCCACCUCAUCAGCACCGGUAAUCACCUCCAGCGAGCCUGUGAACGUGACCACACAGCAACAGACGAAGGAUUCAGAAGUUGCUGCUGCGGUCAAUGUGAAAUCUGAUGAGGAGGCUGCUUUCACCGUACCGAAACCAAUUGAUUCUUUUAUCAGUUCUUCAAAGAAGAGGAAGUAUGUGAACUCUGAAGACUGUGAUGAGCCUUUCCCAAGCUUCAAUAAGCAGGAUACCGAAGAACAGUAUCCUCUUCGCCAAUUCAUUGAGGAUUCACCCGAGGACCAGUGCAAUCGCUCUGCCAUUAGCUGGGCUGAAGAGCUGAAGUCUGAUUGGAACCAGCUCUCAUUGUCAGCCCCAGUGCAGGAGAAAAUUGCACUCUCAAUGAACAUGGGGGUGAUUGGCGACUUCAGUGAGCCAAAUCAGAAGAAAAGCAAAUGGGUAUCCAUUUCUCCUGCAGGAACUUCAAUAAGUGAUCCUUUGGGAGAGAUAUUAAUCACCAAAAAUACUGGUAAUGCUGGUGGUAGUUGCCAGAGUUCAUCAACAGCUUAA